UCUUGUUUUUUUCUCAUCCUUUCAUCAGUGUAGAAGAAAGCAUCUGAAAGUGUGUGUGAUCAUGUCCAGACUGGUUCCAAACACCACAGAAUCUAGACUGGUUCCAAGCAACGCAGAAUCUACAGCUAUUCGAGCUGCCCGUCGUGACUGGAUAUUGUACACAGUUCCUUCCAUUGCCUUUGUGAUUGGACUGAUCUUGUUCACACUGAUCUGCAAAACACAGCGCCGCAGAGAGACAAAAACAAUUAGAAGGGUUCCGGCUGUAAAGACAACCACUAACGGCAUAACAGCAAAACACGAUGAUACACGUCCUGAAUUCACUGAAGCUCAAAUGGAGAAAGAGGCCAAUCUCAAAAAACAAGAGGCCCAGUCUUACGAGAAUGUUUCAGCAGCCAUCUACAGCAAUCAAGAUAAAGUGACAUACUAUUUAACUCAGGAUGAAGACUACAUUACCCCUGAUGCAAUGGGAGAUGCCGUGACAGCAUCAGAGCAAAAUGACAACAACUACCUUCAUCUGCCUCAGAUUAUAACAGAUAUAGAUGGAGAGUCAUAUGAGAACAUGGAUGGAUGUGUGUAUGCUCAGCCUCGCAACCACACACAAAAACACACACUCAGCGUUGACGAUGAUGAGUCCUAUGAGAAUAUGGAGGGCAAUACGUGCUCCUUCAGACCACCAGCAGCUCACAACAGCACAAACACCUUGGAUGAUGAGUCAUAUGAGCGCAUGGACAGCAUCCAGACCCCGAGUGAUAGAUGGAUAGAGAGGAACGUGAGAGAGACUGAGCGGAGGGCAGAAAGAGACAGACAAGACAUGCAGUGGUACUUCAGACAGAAAACAGUAUGAAAAAGGGAAGUGAAGCUGGAAAUGAUCAAUGAAAGAAUAAGAUAUGAAAGAGUGAGUGAAGAAGACUGCUGAGACUCACUUGGAUUAGAAAGUGAAAACUUUUCAUCUUUCCUGAACUCAGUACUGAACUCAGUCUUCGAGCUUCUGGUCAAAAGGUGUCAACAAAAGUUUAUACUUUGUUAAAGUAGCAAUUUAGCCAAAAAUUCUCUACCCCAAAUGUAGUCAAUCAGCCAUGUUUUGUGUAGAGUCUAACUAAACAAUGCUAACAUGAGUAAUAGUGACAUCAUGGAGGCCAUCCCUAGCUUUCCAGAGUGCUAUGCUCCCUGAAUGAUAUUUUCUAGGAAACAACUCUUAAGUUCCCAUGGCCAAUGUUGCCUUAUUCAUGUUUCAUGAAAAAUAGGGAUAAUGCUCAGACCUCAGUUUAUAUAUAAACCUGUGUACUAUGAUACAUAUUCAGCAAAUAAUCUAAAAUUGAGUUCAUGGAUAUGCUUCCAAAUAAAUUCCCUUAUAACAAUUUCUAGUUAUACAUUUCAGUGAACAAGAAUGAGAAUCUAUCCAAUGUUUUACAUCAUGCCUUUAUUUUAACUUUACAAAAUGAACUACA